AUGUGCAUCGGAGACCAAGAUCUCGGCGCGGACAACGAUAGAUCGGUGGCUGGUUCUUCAGAGCUGGGUAGAAGCCGAGCUGCAAGCUUAGCAGAGAAGGAUCGCCGACGCGAAGAAACCAACAAUUAUCGGGUUUCGGUGUGGCGGAUGCGGCAGCCUCGAAAGGUCACGGUGGAGGAGCUGGAAUGCCUGGCCACCUGGAAGGAGGGCAGCAGCCGUUACCUGGUCGGCCGUUUACAUCACGGACACGCGUCGAGUAACGAAGAUCGAUAUCGAUGCUUCGUCUACGAGAAGGCCGGUCAGACAGUGCAGAGUAAUCUGCACAGAGCUGCCAUGGGCAUAGGAGCCAUGGAUCACGAUGUCGGAGCUGUUCCGUUUAACGCCGUUCGACGUUCAGUUCGGGAAGCGGAAGGGGAACUCGAGCCAGAAAGUCCAAUCAGCAUUAAAUAAAUUGGUUUUCCGCGCGCUUUCAGUCUCGCCACCCGGCCAGUGCCGAUUUCCCAAUUGGUUAACCGGCCAUUCCAGCGGUGGAUUGACCUGGCACACCCUCGACCUCACCAGAUCUUACACGUUCCAUCCGCGGAACGCUUCCCUACACGUAACUAGAUCGAACAACAGUUCUUCGAGAUUCGAAAACGGCCCCCUGGACGGACAAUACGUCGCGGGUCAAGAGGACCAAGACGUGAAGAUUCUGUGCAACAGCAUCAAGCAAUCCAGCGCUGCUCAAGCGAUGACGAUGACCAUGCUGGUCGCCCACUUCACCAAAAAACAAACUGAGUACUGGGAAAAACGAGAAAGCGAGAAAAAGUUUCGAGCCUCGAAAUGCAGGAGCGGGCUGCCGAAAGGAAAAAGAGCAAAGACUCUGUCGAUGAUACAGUGUUUUGAGAAACGGGUUGAGCCGGACGCUCGCUACAAUCGCGGUCCACCAUUGUCAAAUCGGAGCGGUUUCAUGUGCAUGACAUUCUACCGAAGGGACGGUCACGUGAUAGAAGUGCAAACCGGAAGCGCCGUUUCAAGGCCGGAAGAAGCUUGCAGCACGCCCCAUUUUCAACAGCACAACAUACCUUUCCUCACCUUAGUCAGUAAACUGCACUUUUUCUUGACACUAUUGAUCGCUAUUAGAACGCCGUGCUAUGACGUCGCGACGACAAUAUCGGUCUCUGGCAGAAGUUCGAUCGCUCUCGAAAGAGUAGGUUGCCCGGUUACGCUCGAUUUGCGUGACCCUUGA